AUGUCCGAACGUAAAGUUUUAAAUAAAUACUAUCCCCCGGAUUUCGAUCCAUCGAAAAUUCCGCGCAUGAAAUUGUCCAAAAAUAGGCAAUACACUGUUCGAUUGAUGGCUCCAUUUAAUAUGCGUUGUAAGACAUGCGGUGAAUACAUUUACAAGGGAAAGAAGUUCAAUGCCCGCAAAGAAGAUGUGGAACACGAAACAUAUCUGGGGAUUCGAAUUUACCGAUUCUACAUCAAGUGCACCCGAUGUCUGCAGGAAAUUUCCUUCAAAACAGAUCCGAAAAAUACCGACUAUGAGAUAGAAGCUGGAGCGACCAGAAACUUUAUGGCUUUAAAGAUGGCCGAGGAGCAAGCUCGCCGUGAAGAGGAAGAGUUACGAGAAGAAGAAGCUAACAAUCCUAUGAAACUGCUGGAAAAUCGCACACAACAGUCCCGAAAUGAAAUUGAGAUGUUGGAAUCCUUGGAAGAGUUGCGGGAUUUGAAUCGUAGACAGGAGACGGUGGACUAUGAAACAAUGCUGCAACAAUACAACACUAAGGAGACAGAAAGGGAACGGCUAGAGCGGCAGGAACGAGAGGAUGAAGAAUACAUAAAGUCCAUUAAUUUUAAAAAUAAAAACACCGAUCUCACAAAAAAGAAAAUCGUAGCUGAGGAAAUAAUUGAGGAGGUUAAAGACGACGAUGCCAUACCCUCCAAAGUCCAAAAAACUAGUGAAUUGACAAUUACAUUUAAAAAACCUGCAGGGAGUAGUACAUCGACAUCCAGUAAAGCUGGAUUAAGUAACAUUGUAAAACGGAAACAACCGUUGGUAGUACUAAAACCAAAAUCAUCUAACAAUCCGGAAAACCAAGCCCAAAUUGAGAAAACUUCUCAAACGUCUACCCAACCAGAUAGCAGCAGUUCAGCAACUAGCCAAAGAGAAGAAAAUAGCACUGCGAAAUCCGCAACAGGUGGUAGCGGUUUGUCUCUUUUAUCUGCCUACUCAGACAGUUCAGAGGACUCAAAUUGA